CGCGCGCGAGGAUCGCGUAAAGCGAUAAGGGAACCAGGGGAGUGAGAACGAGGGAGCGAGUGCGAGCGGAGCAGAGGGAACGCGGAAACGGCAGGAGCGCGAGCGGUGAACGCGCCUGGUUACCGCAAGCGCCGACGGGGAUCACAGCGAGAGACACCUCGAAAGCACGACUCCCCUUUUUGUGGGGGAAGAAGAAAAUAAAGAAUCUUGCCUGGGUUUAGACGCGACCUCUUUCUUUGUUGUGGACAAAGGGAUUUAAACAUUUUUUUUUUUCCUGCCGCGGCAGAAACAGGCGCCGCUGGAGAUCGAGCAUGUCGGGGAGCAGGGAGGAGGAGCGGCGCAAACUGGCCGACAUCAUAAACCACUGGAACGCCAACCGGCUCGACCUGUUCGAGAUCAGCCAGCCCACCGAGGACUUGGAGUUCCAUGGUGUUAUGCGCUUCUACUUCCAGGACCGUGUGGCAGGAAAUUUUGCCACCAAGUGCAUCCGUGUGUCCAGCACGGCCACCACUCAAGAUGUCAUAGAGACGCUGGCUGAGAAGUUCCGACCUGACAUGCGCAUGCUGUCAUCGCCCAAGUACUCCCUCUAUGAGGUCCACGUCAGUGGUGAAGAAAGGAAGUUGGACCUGGAUGAAAAGCCGUUGGUUGUACAGCUCAACUGGAACAAAGAUGACCGCGAGGGCCGCUUCGUCUUGAAAAACGAGAACGACAUCAUCCCCAAGCGGACACAGACUAACGGUCCAGAGAAGCAGGAGAAGGAGGGGGUAAUCCAGAACUUCAAACGGACACUCUCCAAGAAGGAAAAGAAGAAAGAGAAGAAGCGGGAGAAAGAGGCCUUUGCUCGUAUCCCCGACGGGGAUGAGAAUGCGCCCAGCAGAGAGGAUGGUGAGAACUCCAGACUGGCAGCUGAGGUGUACAAGGACAUGCCGGAGACCAGCUUCACACGAACUAUCUCAAAUCCUGAGGUGGUGAUGAAGAGGCGACGACAGCAGAAACUGGAAAAGAGGAUGCAGGAAUUCCGCAGCAGUGAUGGGCGCCCUGACUCAGGGGGGACACUGCGGAUCUAUGCAGAUAGCCUGAAGCCAAACAUUCCCUACAAGACUAUCCUGCUCUCCACCACAGACAUGGCUGACUUUGCAGUGGCUGAGGCUUUGGAGAAAUAUGGACUGGAGAAGGAGAACCCCCGUGACUACUGCAUUGCCAAGGUGGUGCUGCCCCCAGGUUCCCAGCACUCUGAUGACAAAGCAGGCAAGGAGACCAUCUUGGAUGAUACAGAAUGCCCCUUGCAAAUCUUCAGAGACUGGCCCAGUGACAAAGGAACCCUAGUGUUUCAGCUGAAAAAGCGACCCCCAGACUACGUCCCAAGGAAAGGCCGGAAGCCCGAUGACAGAGUCCCACGGGGCAAGUUGAUUGAUGGACAGCUGCAUACAUCCCUUGCCCCGGAGAAAAUGCCCUACCUGGUGGAGCUAAGCCCAGGGCGGGGGAGUCACUAUGGCCACUACUCCUAUCGCCACCAUGAAGAUGGUUCAGACUCCAGAGACAAACCAAAACUCUAUCGACUCCAACAGAGUAUCACAGAGGUGGGCUCAGACAAGACGGACGAUGGUUCCAUCCAGCUUUUUGGCCCUGGCAUCCUGCCCCACCACUGUGACCUGACGCAUGCAGAUGGGCUGGUGAUGGUAACGCCGUGCAGUUCUGAUGCUGAUACUUUCGUGGAUGGCCUACGAGUGUCGGACACCACAGUGCUGCACAGCGGCAUGACGCUGCAGUUCGGCGCCUCGCAUGUCUUCAAAUUUGUGGACCCCAACUACGACUACAGCAUGAGCAAGCGGAGCAUGGACUCCUCCUCUAUGGUUAAAAGCAGACACAAGUCAGGAAGCAUUCCUGAGACGACCUUUGACCUGCGUGGUGACAUCCAUACUGGAGCAGCCCUUCCCACAAGCAAGAGCUCAGGAAAGCUGGAGAUGGAGCGAGUGGGACACCCCAGUGAGCGAGGCAUGGUUAAGCCAAUGGUGCGGGCAGAGCAGCAGGAUGGCAGGAGCCAGGAAGGCAUGAGCCCAGAGCUGACGCUGCCGGCCAGCAUAGAGUUCAGGGAGAACUCUGAAGAUGCCUUCCUGUCCGCCAUUAUCAACUACACAAACAGCUCCACGGUGCAUUUCAAGUUGUCCCCCACAUAUGUGCUGUACAUGACCUGCCGCUACGUCAUGUCCAGCCAGUAUCGGCCAGACAUGAGCCCAGCAGAGCGCACGCACAAGGUCAUCGCUGUCGUCAACAAGAUGGUGAGCAUGACAGAAGGCGUCAUUCAGGAGAUUGCGGAAGGUGACCAGAAGCAAAAGAACAUUGCGGGGGCCCUGGCUUUCUGGAUGGCCAACGCCUCGGAGCUGCUCAACUUCAUCAAGCAGGACAAGGACUUGAGCCGCAUCACGCUGGAUGCCCAGGAUGUGCUGGCCCACCUUGUGCAGAUGGCCUUCAAGUACCUGGUGCACUGUCUACAGUCUGACCUCAACAACUACAUGCCUGCUUUCCUGGAAGACCCCGAAGAGCAGAACCCUCAGCGGCCCAAAAUUGAGGAUGUCCUACACACCCUGACGGGCGCCAUGUCUCUGCUACGUCGUUGCCGUGUCAACGCCGCCCUCACCAUCCAGCUGUUCUCCCAGCUCUUCCACUUCAUCAACAUGUGGCUAUUCAAUAAACUGGUGACGGAGGCUGACUCGGGCUUGUGCUCACACUACUGGGGUGCCAUCCUGCGUCAGCAGCUCAGCCAUAUUGAAGCCUGGGCUGAGAAGCAGGGCCUAGAACUCGCCGCUGACUGCCACCUGAGCCGAAUUGUCCAGGCAACUACUCUGCUGACUAUGGACAAGUACUCAAUGCAAGAUGUUCAGAACAUCCACAAUACAUGCUUUAAGCUCAACUCCCUACAGCUGAAUGCACUGCUCUCCAACUACCACUGUGCCCCAGAUGAGCCCUACAUUCCUCCUGAGCUGAUUGAUCAUGUGGUGGCAGUGGCGGAGAAUACAGCAGAUGAGCUAGCCCGUAGCGAUGGGCGUGAGGUCCAGCUUGAGGAGGACCCUGACCUGCAGCUGCCUUUCCUGCUGCCUGAGGAUGGCUACUCAUGUGAUGUGGUCCGCAACAUUCCCAAUGGUUUGCAGGAAUUUCUGGAUCCGCUUUGCCAGCGAGCCUUCUGCAGGCUGACCCCCCACUCCCGCUCCCCUGGCACCUGGACGGUUUACUUCGAGGGAGCUGCCUGCGACAACCACUUCUCCACAAGUGGCACAGACCUGCCAAUGCGGAAAGAACCAGAGGUCGUGACUGUCACGUUGAAGAAGCACAAUGGCAUGGGGCUCAGCAUUGUGGCCGCCAAGGGUGCUGGACAGGAUAAACUUGGGAUUUACAUCAAGUCUGUCGUCAAAGGAGGAGCAGCGGACAUGGAUGGCCGGCUGGCGGCAGGAGACCAGCUGCUUAGUGUGGACGGCCGUAGCCUAGUGGGGCUCUCGCAAGAAAGGGCCGCAGAGCUGAUGACUCGAACUGGUUCCGUCGUCACGCUGGAAGUGGCUAAACAAGGGGCUAUCUACCACGGCCUUGCUACGUUACUGAACCAGCCAUCCCCCAUGAUGCAACGAGCAUCAGACCGUGGGCGUGACAAGGGCAAAACCAGGCCGAAGAGUGAGGGCUUCGAGCUCUACAACAAUUCUGUGCAGAAUGGCUCACCUGAGAGCCCCCAGGGGGCGUGGGACUCAUACCCUGAGACAAAGAAGAUGACUGGGGAGGAGAGGCUGCUAAAGAACCGCAUGGACCACCGUUCCAGUCCCAAUGUAGCCAAUCAGGCACAGAGCCCUGGAGGAAAGCCUGUCUAUCCAGGAGGACCAGGGACCAAGAUCACCUCAGUUUCCACAGGCAACCUCUGUGCAGAUGAGGAACCGUCCCCUCCCCGUCCAGAAGCGUACCCCAUCCCCACACAGACCUACCCCAGAGAAUACUUCACAUUCCCAGCCUCCAAAUCUCAGGACAGAGUUGGACCUGUUCCAGGGCAGCCAUGGCAGAGUUCAGAGGACAGACCCCCAGACCACAUGGAUGAACACCACUCCAACAAUAUGGCCCUGCAGCGCACAACACGUUCUCAGGAGGAGCUUUGUGAGGAGCGUGGGAGUUAUCCCCCAGAAAGGUUGCAUCCAAAGGAUUUGGCACACAUGCAGCAGCCACGUGAGGCAGAGUACCAAAGAGGCAGUGGGGAGCAUUGGAACCAUCAGGUGUCAUCUUCUGUUGAGUCUAGCACCUCCAGCCAGGAGCACCUCAACUUCUCUUCCUCUUCUGCUUCUAAGAGUCAGGUCAACCACAAAAGUGGCCCAGGCCGUUGGAAAACCCCAUUGGUGCCUCACUCGGGUCCUGUGGCAGUCUCUCACCCCACUCGUACAGACCUCCCACCCCCUCCUCCUCCUCCCCCAGUCCACUACUCAGCUGAAUUUGACUCCCAACCAGACCUGCCUCUGCCUCCCCCACCUGUCACAAGCCAGCAACAGGCUGCAGCAGCUGCUGCAGCCGACCGCAAGAAGCGUGAGGACCAGCAGCGCUGGUACGAGAAGGAGAAAGCACGGCUAGAAGAGGAGCGUGAAAGGAAGAGACGAGAGCAAGAGAGGAAGCUGGACGUGAUCCGCAACACAGGACCCGUCCUGCACAACAACCAGCACGGCCCUUUGCCCCCACCCCCCCAGCACCAGCAGAUGCCCCCUCCGCAGGUCCCUGUACCCAUGCAGAUAUCCCAGCCAUACCUUCCUCCCCAGCAGCCACAGCAGCCCACCCGGCCGGAGAAGCUGGCCAGCCUGCCCCGAGCACUGCCUCCCCCACAGGAGACUGUGAUCCGAGAGCUUCUUCCCCAGCAGCAGCCCCGGACAAUUGAGCGACGAGACCUGCAGUACAUCACCAUCAGCAAGGAGGAACUCUCCUCUGGCGACAGCCUCUCGCCAGACCCCUGGAAGCGGGAUGCCCGAGAAAAACUGGAGAAACAGCAGCAGAUGCACAUCGUGGACCUCCUGGACAAAGAGAUCCAGGAACUUCAGGCUAAGCCAGAGCGCACUGCGGAAGAGAACGACAGGCUGCGCAAGCUCAUGCUGGAGUGGCAGUUCCAGAAGAGGCUGCAGGAGUCCAAGCAGAGUGAGGAGGAUGAGGAGGAAGAGGAUGACGAGGAUGUCGAUACCGUGUUGAUCAUGCAGCGCCUGGAGGCCGAGAAGAGAGCGAGGAACGCUGUCCCUGCAAUCUCUGUUCUAGACUUGCUGCAGGAUGAGGAGCGCCGGAGGAAGCAGCAGCUGGAGGAGAUCCGCAAGCGGGAGGCCGAGGAUCGGGCCAAGCAGGAAGAGGAGCGGCGCUGGAGGGAGGCAGAGGAGAAGAGGAGACAGGAGGAGGAGUACUACACACGCCUGGAGGCAGAGCGGCGCCGGCAGCACGAGGAGGCCGAGCGCAAGCUGCUGACGCCGGACGAGCCUGGUCUGUACAGACCUCCCCUCCCACGGGACUACCAGCCCCCUCCUCCCGCAAACCCCUCCACUAACGCUCCUCCGCCCCCGCCUCAGAGAAACGCCUCGUACCUCAAAACCCAGGUCGUCUCCCCCGACACCCUGUACACUGCCAAGUUUGUCUCGUACAAUGAUGAUGAUGAGGAGGAGGAAGACGCAAGUGUAGCAGGUCAGGUUAAGCUCUCCGCCACCCGGAAGUCCUAUGGCGACCUCCCCCCCGCGCACAAGCCGCAGCCUCAGCCGCCACCCUUGCGCAAGCCCCGCCCACUCUCCGAUGGGAUCUUUCUGUCCAGCUCAUUCCAGCCGCCUGCUGCCAAUGCCAACAGUACUGUGUCCAAGGCAGGGCCACCCCCUCCCCCUCCCGCCAAACCCAGCAUCGUCCCGUCAGGCGCCUCCAAAGGAUUUAAUUCGUACACUGGAAACGCAGCAGGGGUUGUAGGAUCGAAUGAAGUUUACAAGGACCCGCGAGAGAAAUGGACGAAAGGGGGACAGGAGCAGGAGAUCUCCGGGAGCGGAGGAGCUCCAGAGAACCUGACCUUCAAGGAGCGCCAGCGGCUCUUCUCCCAGGGGAAGGAGGUCUCCAACAAGGUGAAGGCCUCACGGAAGCUUAUGGAACUAGAAAACGAACUCAACACCAAACAGUAGGGACCUGGGGGUCUUGACCAUCCAAUCUGGGAGGCGGUCACCUUGAUAGAGCCUCGAGGGGAGGGGGGAGCUUGUCUGGUUUCCACUUUUUUGUUUUUC